UUGUUCAUUACGUCUCGUUGAUGGUUUGAGUGGGAGCGACAAAUAAGUGGUACUCUCAGUUUAUUUCGGUCAUCGACACAAUCAAGACGGACUGUGUAAUGGAUCCGUUACGUCCAGCAAACGUGGAGGAAUUGAAACAUCUCAUUGGCAUCUACAAACAAUUUCUUCCACAGUCGAUCCAAUUUGUGUCACUGUUGCAAAAUAUUUUACGCACCAAUCUCACACUUCACGACACUGAUAAGGAGCAAGUCUCCCAUCGACUACAAAAAACUUUUUACAUUCCCAACAAUGAGAAAGGAAAUCGUUUGGCAACCUUUGUAGCCAUCAGUCGUGAAGAGGACCAAUACAUAUUUAUAAAUACAUUGGAAGUUCCUCCUACGGAGCUUACGCACGCUCUCGAGCACACUACUUACAUUAAAUGGGGAAUCAAACCUAUGUUUGUCAUAGGUGAUAACAGUGAAAUUCGUGCAAGGCUAUCUCAAUUAAUAGUGGAACCCAAAGUUCAGUUCGAAAGUUCGUCAGAUUGUGUUAACUAUUGGAUGCCACAAACAGAAGCUGCUAAGCUUAGUUAUAUCGUUCCAGCCGACGUAGAUUUAAAGCCAUUACAAGUUCAACAUGCCAAACAAUUAAACGAAUGGUGGCCAUAUCGCUACAGGACAUCGCAGCAAUACUUCGAAUCUGCCAUUAAAUAUUUUGGGGCUUUCGGUUUGUUUGACAAAACAUCGGGAGAACUAGUAGCAUGUGUGUUCCAGAAUGAUCAUGACGCUGUGGGACACCUAUAUACAGUUCCCGAACGUUGCAAUCGAGGCUACGGAUGUACUCUUGCAAAAGCUAUAACUAAACAUAUUGCUGUUCAAUACAAGCAAGAUGUGCAUACUUUCAUCGAUGGAAAUAAUGAAAGAUCAAUAAGACUGUUCAACAAAAUAGGAUACAAAGCUGUUAGCCAAACUGAAUGGCUUGUUGCAUCGAAACAUUGAUACAAAACAUUGAUUCGCAUGGCAAAUCAGCAUGAAACAAUGCUGUUGGAAAAAUAAUUUCUUCUCAAAAUCUAUAGAACUACGAAAAUAAAAUUAAAAAUUUCCAUUUAUAAUGACA